AUGAACGAUUGGGAAAUCGGCGGCACACAGAACAAAUGGGUUUGCCCAAGUGAUCGACAUCUACAAUUGCGAGCACAAUUGAAAUCGGGAUGGUCCGUUCGAACGGCGACCGCUCGUUCCCCAACGAAUUCCAGGGGCAACUCUGCAAUCACCGAAGCCGAACAGGAGCAUAUUAAACAGGUACUGGCGAAAGCUGAGGCUAGCCGAUCAAAAGAACAACAGCGAUUAGGAAAGAUGGUUGACCGGCUUGAGAAAAUGCGACGACGUGCCACCGGUAACGGCGUCACCCACUGUCUGUUGUGCCACACCGAAUUCGGUCUCUUGUCUUCCAAAAGCUAUGCAGCGAUGUGUGUGGACUGCAGGAAGUAUGUCUGUCAGCGAAACUGUGGUGUGGAAACAUUGGACUGCAAUCGUGGUGAAGUAAUAUUUUUGUGUAAGAUCUGCUCGGAAGCUCGAGAGGUGCUAUGGAAGAAGUCCGGUGCUUGGUUCUAUAAAGAAUUACCUGAAUUUGUGCGCCCUGAAGCGAAUGGUAGCGUAAUUUCUCCGCUACUGCAACACCAUAGAUCGUCAUGGUCGUCACCUACGGGCCCAUCAUCUUCGUCACCGACAAAAUCACCACGCCCUCGAAUUCAACCAUCAUGGGUGAAAGAGAAGGUGAUGUCGUCGAUGUCAGCCAACGAUGAUGACAGAAGUUCAUCGGAAGGCGAGUUUGCUGCGUCCGGAGUGAUCAGACGAAAUCAUAAGCCGGCGACGACUGCAAGGCGAUAUUUAGAAGAGGAAUCGUCACCGGACUCGAGAGCCUCCACAAGAUCCACGUCUCCACGUCGUUCACUAGCCACUCCGUCGUCUUACGAUUCCACUCACAAUCAGACCGCUCCGCCCACUCAUCCCGAUGAUGCGAGAAGUAUUGACAGCGGAGUGGUGCAAUCGGACCAUUCGAAUCCACAGCAAGCAAUGGCGCUGUCCGUCUCGUCGCUGGCGCCGUUUUCUUCGCCAGCUACCGUCGAGAUGCCUCCCAUCCGAAGAGUCAGUCAAGCAGAAUUGUCGACGAUGAGUGUCUCCAAAGUCGCAACGUCAUUGUCUGGUUGGUGCCACAAUCUGAAGGCGAUGGACAGUAACGGUUUCUCGGAUCCCUAUGUAAAACUACACCUAUUGCCUGGAAACGCGAAAGCUACAAAACUAACAUCAAAAACGAUUGAGAAAACUCUUAAUCCCGAAUGGAAUGAAGAACUAUAUUAUUACGGUGUUACGGAAGAAGACAAACAAAAGAAGACUUUGCGAAUCACGGUACUGGAUCGAGAUCGCAUCGGAUCCGAUUUUCUUGGUGAAACACGAGUUGCGUUGAGAAAACUGUCCAUGAAUGUACCGAAAAAAUUCAAUCUGUAUCUUGAACAUGCCAUUCCGGUAAGUCAAAAUUCCGAGAUGAUUCGAGGCAAAAUUCUGGUCGCCCUACAAUAUAAUAUCCAGCAAGGCUCGUUGUUUGUAACGAUAAAACGUUGCGUUGAGCUGAUAGGUAUGGACUCAACAGGAUUUUCGGAUCCAUACUGUAAAGUUUCAUUGACACCCAUCACUUCAAAAGCUCACAGGCAACGUACGUCGACCAAGAAAAGAACGCUAAAUCCUGAAUUUAACGAGACGCUCACUUUCAUCGUUCCGUUCAAGGAUUUACCUAAGAAGACGUUGCAGAUCGGCGUAUACGACCAUGACCUCGGUAAACACGACGACUAUAUUGGUGGUAUCGUCUUGUCGACAUCGGCUAAAGAUGAACGAGGUAAGCAGUGGUGUAACUGCAUCAAAAAUCCCGGUCAAACAUUCGAAAUGUGGCACCAGCUUCAACUCGAGGACUAG